AUGCUCAACUGGCAACCUCAGCCCGAGGGGCUUAACCAGCUCAUCCAGCUCUUGAAGGAUUCCAUGUCCUCCAACAACGCUGUUCAGAGCCAAGUUCGCGAGCAACUCGAGUCGUUCAGAAAUGUCCCCGAUUACAACAACUACCUUAUCUACAUCUUGACCCAGAUGCCUCAGGAGCUUCCUACGACUCGCCUGAUUGCUGGACUUUUACUCAAGACCAACAUUCAGCUGUACAGCAGUGAUAUCAGGGAUGAUGUCCUGGAGUACGUCAAGGCCCUGGCCCUUCGCCACGUUGGAGAUCCCGAUGCCGACGUUCGCAACACUCUCGGAACAGUUAUCACCACCAUCCUCUCCAGGAACUCCAUUAUGAGCUGGCCCGAGGUUUUGCCUCACCUGAUGAGCCUCUUGGAUUCUCAGGACCCCAACGUCGUCGAGGGUUCGUUCAAGGCCUUGGUCAAGAUUUGCGAAGAUUCCAGCGACGAGCUCGACUUAGAGAUUAACGGCGAAAGGCCCCUCAACUUCAUGAUCCCCAAGAUCAUCACCUACUUCCAGUCGCCCGUCGUCUCCAUUCGCGUCUGCGCUUUGACUUGCAUCAACCAGUUUAUCACCAGAAAGUCGCAGUCCUUCAUGGUCAACGUCGACGCGUUUGUCGAGGGUUUGGGCCAGCUUUCGAACGACAACCACCCCGAUGUUCGCAAGCAUGUGUGCCAGGCUAUGGUCAUGUUGCUCGAGGUUCGCCCCGACAAGCUUAUCCCCCAGAUCAACAACGUUGUCGAGUACAUGCUUUACUCAACCAAGGACGAAGACGACACUGUUGCAUUGGAGGCUUGCGAGUUCUGGUUGGCCUUUGCUGAGCAGGAUGCCUUGACCGACCACUUGCGCCCACACUUGAACCGCGUUAUCCCCGUCCUUCUCCAGGGCAUGGUCUACAGCGAACUCGACAUUAUCACUCUCGACAACGACGACGAGGAUGCCUCCGUUCCCGAUCGCAUUGAGGACAUGAAACCUCGCUUCCAUCACGCCAAGACUCACACCGCCCAGAACACUGCCUCAGGACCCACCGAUGGUGCUGGCAGCGACGAUGGCUUGGAUGACGAUGAUGAGGAUGACGAUGAGGACGAUGAUGAUGAGGACGAUAUCUACAUGGAGUGGAACCUCCGCAAAUGCUCUGCAUCAGCCUUGGAUGUGCUUUCGGCUGUCUAUGGAAACUCCAUGCUCGAUAUCCUCCUGCCCCUUCUCCAGAACGAGCUCUUCCACGCCGAGUGGCAGCACAGAGAGUGCGGUAUCUUGGCCUUGGGAGCUGUUGCUGAGGGCUGCAUGUCCGGAAUCGAGCCCCACCUUCCCACUUUGAUCCCCUACCUCAUCCAGACCCUCAAGGACCCCAAGUCUUUGGUCCGUGCUAUCACCUGCUGGACUUUGGGUCGUUACGCCCGCUGGUGCGUCUUCCCCACCAAGGCCGAGGAUCGCCCCCUCUACCUCGUUCCCCUGAUUGAGGGUCUUUUGAGCAUGGUCAGCGACAACAACAAGCGUGUUCAGGAGGCUGGAUGCAGUGCCUUCGCUACCUUGGAGGAGGAAGCUUGCGAUGCCUUGGUCCCAUACCUUUUCGGCAUUCUCCAGACUUUGGUCCACGCCUUUUCGACCUACCAGCAGAAGAACUUGCUCAUUUUGUACGACGCCAUCGGAACUCUUGCCGACAGCGUUGGAAACGCCCUCAACAAGAAAGAGUACAUUGACCUUUUGAUGCCCUGCUUGAUUGAGAAGUGGCAGCUUUUGCAGGACGACGACAGAGAUUUGUUCCCACUGUUCGAGUGCUUGUCCUCUGUCACCACAUCCUUGGGCCAGGGCUUCUUGCCUUUUGCUCCCCCAGUUUUCGAGCGUUGCGUCAAGAUUGUCCACUCCAACUUGAUGCAGUCCCAGAUGCACACCCAGAACCCCGAUAGCGUCCCCGCUCCCGACAAAGACUUUAUGAUUGUCGCCUUGGAUCUUCUCAGCGGUUUGACCCAGGGUUUGAACACCAGCGUCGAGAGCUUGGUUGCCUCUAGCCAGCCUAGCGUUCUUCAGAUCUUGAGCAUCUGUCUCGCUGAUUCUUCGGCCGAAGUGCGCCAGUCGUCCUAUGCUCUCUUGGGAGAUCUCGCCAUCAGCUGCUUCUUGCACAUCAAGCCAUACUUGAACGCUUUCAUGAACGAGUUGAUCAACCAGAUCCAGCCCAACACCGAGUACGUCUCUGUCUGCAACAAUGCCGCCUGGGCUGCCGGAGAGAUUGCUCUUCAGUACCGCGAGGGUAUGGCCGUCUGGGUCCAGCCUCUGCUUGAGCGCUUGAUCCCCUUGCUCACCAGCGAGACCACUCCCCGCACCCUUUUGGACAACUCUGCCAUCACCAUUGGCCGUCUCGGAUUGGUCUGCCCUCAGUUGGUCGGACCUCACCUGGAGGUGUUUGCUGAGGCCUGGUGUCACACUUGCCGUACUAUUCGCGACAACGAAGAGAAGGACACUGCUUUCCGUGGUCUCUGCGAGAUGAUUCAGGUCAACCCCCAGGGUUUGAUCAAGAGCCUUGCUCCUUUCUGUGAUGCUGUUGCUCAAUGGAGCGAGGUUCCCCAGGAGCUCGACCAGCAGUUCGGCAAGAUCUUGUUGGGAUACAAGAACAUGAUGGGAGCCGCAUGGGAUGCCUUUGCCGCUUCAUUGGCGCCCGAUACCAGGAACCGCCUCGCUCAGCGCUACCAAUUGUAA